UAAAAACUGAUAAUUCACCUUUCUUCCCCACGAAUACAAUAAGGCAGAUUCUAUAUUUAUAUUUUUUUUCUCUGUACAAUUUACCAAACAUGUUGUCUGGUGUUUACCACAAAUGUAUUAAUCCCUUAUUUACACAGUCUUUUCACAAGAAAUAUCAUAAUUACACUUAUUUUCAACUAAGAAAUAACACUAAUUGCUCAGCUCGAUUAUGUACUACACUCCUCAAAUCAUCUGAUCACAAAAAUCCUAAAACCUUAUCCCAAAAUUCGAUUCAUAAUUCAAAUUCCGAUUCCAGGAAAAGUCGGGUCAACAGUCCGGACCCUGACCCGGGAACCGAACCGGAUCUUCCAUCGUCCCCAGUCACUUCCCUGCUGGAAGUGCUGAAUUUUGAUGGAGUUGGAUGGGAUAUUGUGUCUAUUGCGUUGCCCGCGGCGUUAGCUCUUGCUUCUGAUCCCAUUACUUCACUUGUUGAUACUGCAUUUGUUGGACAUUUAGGAUCAGUUGAAUUGGCAGCAGUAGGUAUUUCGGUAUCAGUUUUUAACCUCAUCUCGAAAUUGUUCAAUGUUCCUUUGCUCAACGUCACAACUUCUUUCGUUGCUGAAGAGCAGGCAUUAAUUGCUAAAGAUAGCUCACCUGAUUCACAAAGCAAGAUACUACUUCCUUCAGUUUCAACUUCUUUACUACUUGCGCUCGGCCUUGGCAUUGCAGAAGCUGUUGGGCUUUUUGUUGGCUCGGGUUUCCUGUUGAAUACCAUGGGUAUAUCUGUUGAUUCACCAAUGCGAGAACCAGCUGAGCAAUUCCUUAUGAUGAGGGCCUUUGGAGCUCCACCAGUCGUUAUAGCACUUGCUGCCCAAGGAACAUUUCGUGGAUUUAAGGACACAAAAACUCCUUUAUAUGCUGUUGGAGCUGGUAACUUGCUAAAUGCAUUAUUGUCUCCAAUUUUGAUAUUCACCUUUGGUUUUGGCAUUAGUGGUGCUGCAAUUGCUGGUGUGAUUUCUGAAUACUUGACUGCUUCUAUCCUUCUGUGGAAGUUAAACGGGAAAGUUCUUCUUAUUGCUCCAGACAUUAAAGUGGGAAGAUUUUCUCAGUAUCUUAAAUCUGGUGCCCUUCUAAUAGGGAGGACUUUAGCACUUCUAAUUACCACUACGCUAUCAACGGCUCUGGCAGCACGAGAGGGCCCUGUGCCUAUGGCUGGUCAUCAGAUAUGUGUUGAAGUUUGGCUAGCUGUAUCUUUGCUAACUGAUGCCUUGGCACUUGCCGGGCAGGCUCUCCUUGCCGGUGGAGUUUCUCAAGGUAAUUAUGGCCAAGCACGCGAAGUGGUUUAUAAAGUUUUACAGAUCGGUGCAUUGACAGGAGCUGCCUUGGGUUUUAUCUUGUUCGUUGGUUUUGGAGCGCUCUCCACCUUAUUCAGCACGGACUCUGAAGUUUUGGAAAUUGCCAGAUCUGGUACUCUGUUUGUUGCUGGAUCUCAGCCAAUAAAUGCCAUUGCCUUCGUUCUUGAUGGGCUCUAUUAUGGUGUUUCAGACUUUGAAUUUGCUGCGUAUUCUAUGUUUAUGAUUGGAAUAGUCUCCUCAAUCUUCUUACUUGUGGCUGCACCAUUGUUCGGUCUUCCUGGCGUCUGGGCUGGCCUCUUUCUCUUCGUUGCCUUGCGUGUUGUAGCUGGACUUUGGAGGUUACAAAAAAGAGAUGGACCAUGGAAAUUUCUUCGAUCGGAUAUGGAACAGGAUAGUGUCUGACUUUCAAUGAGCAAGUGAUUGAUUGAUUCUCUAUAAUGCUCGGCAAGCUCUAUAAGGCUUAUGCCAAGGAUGGCGCGAAUUUCUGAUCAUACCUUAUCAGGCAUUUGCAGAUCUUGGAAAAAUUGAACUCUUGAUAUCUCGAAAGGUAAUUCUACUGUACAGGUAUGUCAAUUACAUCAAUCUCUUUGGUCGGUCUCUAAUGAGGGACUGACGAUUUAUCUUCGAGAUUGCUAUUGUGGAGGCAUGAAGAACAACCAUCUUUUUAAAGGAUUCAUGAUCAAGCUACAUCAUCUCAAUGACCACUAGCUAAAUUCUAACUUGGGAAUCUUUUUCGCCUUUUUGCUCGAGUUCGUGAAGUAAUUCAAAACAGAGAGAGAGAGAGAGAGAGUUCGACCAAGUGAUCUUUGUAAAGUUGAACAGCUUUUUUGACAAAUACAAUUGUAUGCUAAUGUAAAAGUCUCAUUCUUCAUGUACUCUAUUUCUGGAUAAGUCCAUUGUCCUUCUUGCUCUG